UCAGCGGCGCCGGUGUGCAUCGAUGGGACGUCACGUCAGCUGCCGUCGUGUCGGGAUUGGAAUGUUACCGACUAACAAUCGGAACAACUGAGCACUCGGUAACUGGACACUAAGAUCAAGGAAUCCCGUCUUUUGAACAUUUCCCUAGCUAUUUACCCGGUCUGAGGGUAGCGCCUGUUUGCUUGGUGUGGACCGGAUAACUUCGCCUGCUGCGUUGCCUCCCGACGAUGAGGUUUUAAUUUGAUAUCAGCGCGUUUGAGGGUAUGUGGCGAGGUUGUAGUAAAUAAGAAGAGAAAUGCAGGGAUUCGUCAGGUUACAGUUGUACCGCUGAGCUGCCCCUGCGCUACGACGCUUCCCCCGUUUUUUUUUGUUUUUUUUGUUGCUUCUCUUCACACGGGACCAUGGAGUGAUAAAAGAGGGGGAAUAGGACGAUAUCACCCGGAGGCAUUUGGUUUCGAGCGCGGCGGCCACACCGAUGGGUUUUUGCACUCCCUGGUCAAUGUGUUACCGAGUUUAACAUCCAAAGCCCAAACCGGGGCAUACCUUUCCGUCUGGGAGAGCCUCGGGGACCCCUGCCGCCGUUUACCCGCUGGAGAGAGUUCCCAGACGGCUGUCGGACAGCUUUCCGUUUGAAUUGCCCAGUACAGCCAGCCUGAAUGAGGCUGGGAAGAAGCGCCGGGGAAGAGAGUCGCUGCAUGUGAUUGUGUCCGAGAGGGUCCGCUGGCCAGCACUGAGCUUUUUAGUCACCCCAGCCCCGCUGUAGGCGCUGUGCGAUAUGGUGAAACUCUACAGAAGAGGGAGAACGGGACAAUACUUUUAAAAAUCGCCCACAUGCACUGGAUCAAUUGCUGGAUUUGGGAACCGAUUAAGCAGAAGGAGGGUUGGGGAUCCUUGGAGGCUGCCGGAGGAUGGAGCGGUGUAGCCGGGGUUGGUGAGAGCCUAACUUCGGGCCACUUUACAUUUCUUAUUCCUAAACAAUUCGCCCCUGUUCCCAGGACACAUGCAGGCCAAAAAACGCUACCUGAUCCUGCUCUCCGCCGGUGCAUGUCUAGUGCUUCUCUUCUACCUCGGAGGGGUUCAACUUCCAGCGGCGAGCAGGAGCCGGCAUGACCGCAGCCGAAAUGGGUACCGGCCCGACCAGCCCUGGCCUCACUUCUCGGACCCUUUACACCUAUUCCUUCCCUGGGAUCAGACGGACACCGAGGAGUACAACCUGCACAUAUCUCCGAGGCAUAAGAGGGACGUGAACACGAGUGUUUACAAAGGCAAACGGUGCCGCAUGGAUUCAUGCUUUGAUUUCUCUCUGUGUCAAAAGAACGGAUUCAAAGUGUACGUUUACCCGCAGCAGAAGGGGGAGAAGAUCUCAGAGAGUUAUCAGAAUAUUUUAUCGACCAUUGAGGGGUCAAGGUUUUACACCUCAGACCCCGGACAGGCGUGUCUGUUCGUCCUGAGUUUGGACACUCUGGACCGAGACCAGCUGUCCCCGCAAUACGUCCACAACCUGAAGACCAAGGUCCAGAACCUGCCUCUGUGGAACGACGGCAGGAACCACCUCAUAUUUAACUUGUACUCGGGGACGUGGCCGGACUAUACGGAAGACUUGGGCUUUGACAUCGGCCAGGCCAUGUUGGCCAAAGCCAGUAUCAGCACCGAGAACGUCAGGCCCAACUUCGACGUGUCCAUCCCCCUCUUCUCCAAGGAGCACCCGAGGACCGGCGGAGAGAGGGGGUACCUCAAGUACAACUCCAUCCCGCCUUUUAGAAAAUACAUGCUGGUGUUCAAGGGGAAGCGCUACCUGACAGGUAUCGGCUCGGACACCAGGAAUGCCUUACAUCACGUCCACAACGCAGAGGACGUGGUGCUGCUCACCACCUGCAAGCAUGGCAAGGACUGGCAGAAGCACAAGGACGCACGCUGUGACAAGGACAACGCAGAGUAUGACAAGUACGACUACAAGGAGAUGCUUCACAACUCCACCUUCUGUUUGGUGCCCCGCGGCAGACGACUGGGCUCCUUUCGCUUCCUUGAGGCGCUGCAGAACAUUCACAAUAUCAACUUUAUAAGCUGCCUUUCUCCUUUCUCCGAGAUCAUUGACUGGAACACAGCCGCAGUGAUCGGCGACGAGAGGCUCCUGCUGCAGAUCCCGACCACCGUGCGCUCCAUCCACCAGGAUAAGAUCCUGUCCCUCAGACAGCAGACUCAGUUCCUCUGGGAGGCCUACUUCUCCUCUGUGGAAAAGAUAGUGCUGACCACACUGGAGAUCAUCCAGGACCGCGUGUUUGAGCACGGCUCCAGGAGCAGCCUGAUGUGGAACAGUCACCCUGGGGGACUUUUCGCCUUGCCGCAGUACUCAGGAUACCUGGGAGACUUCCCCUUCUAUUACGCCACACUGGGUAUAAAACCGUACCCCAAGUUCACAGCGGUCAUCCAUGCCGUCUCGCCUCUGGUGUCUCAGUCCCAGCCCAUACUCAAGCUCCUGGUAGCUGUGGCCAAGUCCCAGUACUGUGCACAGAUCAUUGUCCUUUGGAAUUGUGACAAGCCUCUCCCGGCCAAGCACCGUUGGCCUGCGACCUCAGUGCCCGUUAUCGUCAUCGAGGGAGAGAAUAAGGUGAUGAGCAGUCGUUUCUUGCCCUACGAGACCAUAGUGACCGAUGCUGUCCUCAGCCUGGAUGAAGACACAGUGUUGUCCACCACAGAGGUGGACUUUGCCUUUACGGUCUGGCAGAGUUUUCCAGAGCGAAUCGUAGGUUACCCUGCUCGCAGCCACUUCUGGGACAGCAACAAGGAGCGUUGGGGCUACACAUCCAAAUGGACCAACGAUUAUUCAAUGGUGCUGACUGGGGCCGCCAUCUAUCACAGAUAUUACCAUUACCUGUACACCAACUACUUACCCACUAGUCUGAAGGGCAUGGUUGACCAGCUGGCCAACUGUGAGGACAUCUUGAUGAACUUCCUGGUAUCUGCUGUCACCAAGCUGCCACCCAUCAAGGUUACACAGAAGAAACAGUACAAGGAGACAAUGAUGGGACAAUCUUCAAGGGCUUCUCGCUGGGCCGAUCCGGACCACUUUGCCCAACGGCAAACCUGCAUGAACAAGUUCGCCAGCUGGUUUGGCGCCAUGCCUCUGGUCCACUCCCAGAUGAGACUGGACCCCGUCCUGUUCAAGGACCAGGUCUCCAUUCUCCGAAAGAAAUACAGGGACAUCGAGAGGCUCUGACAGGACCGGCGCCCCCUAGGGGGAGACCCUACACAGGGGGAGGCACACGAGAGAGACCCUGUGGAGAGUAGUAGUAGGACUACAGCAGGAUGGACGGGGAGCGACACAGCUCUGUCUUCCACUCAGCACAUUGCCAAUGACCACAGCGCCGCUGCUGCCAGGACUUGACGUGGAAAGGGAUGAAUGGGAAACAAGCAGAUGGCGUUUGGAUAUGAAAAAUACAAACAAAAAUCUCAAACACAGACAGACAAAGAGGAGUACACAAACUGAUGGACAUGCCAAACAGUACUGUAUGUUUUGCGAAUGUGCAAACACACAGCACACACUACUGACGACAAGAACUCUUGGAUAGAAUAUUUUUUUGUACAACAUGAACAUGGACGACAUUGACUUUCCUGCUCUAUUGGCACGUGUGCAGGACGGUAGACGAGGGAAGGUGUCCACGAUCGCAAAUCUGGCAACCCCACCACCAUAAAUCCUACUGGUCGCCCCUAGCUACCCUCCCCAGUAUGCAUCAGGACUUAAUAUUGGACUACCAAAACCCCUGCUUUAUAGCCCAGGAUACCCUGUUCUCAAGUUGAUUUGAUUUCUGUACAAAUCAGCUCUCUGGUGUCACUGUUGACCCUUUCUCUUCUCUGAGAGGUAAUAUUUUUAUUCUCAAGGCUGAAAAGGUAAACAUAAGUGUCCUGACAAGGUUUUUAUAGCAGAGCAGCCAUGAUUUCUUGACAUUCUUGGCCAUCAACACAUCCUUGAGCCGGAAAACAUCCUGUCUGUCCUAUCCUUGGCUCAUUUCUUGAUGUGCUGAUAUGGCAUUUAUAAUGGUCUAUCUGUGUCCCUGUUAUCACAAAGAUAAGUUAGAAAAACAUCUUGUUAUCAUAUUCCAUUUUCCACCAAUACUCGCCAUUUACUUUCAUCAUCUUUUAUUUUACCCAUUCAAACUCUCUGUAGUUUCUGUCGUGUGUGUGUGUGUGUGUGUGUGUGUGUGUGUGUGUG